AGGCAGUGUCAGUGGUAUUAUUGUCUUCCAAUUCAUUAUCCCUUUGCCCAUUUGAUGUUUCACACACACGGUACUGUGGCAGCCAGCGCAUUUUGAUUUGUUUGAUGGUAUUGUUUAGGGAAAGACAUUGUGAACUUAUCCUUUUAUCCCUCCAGUUAAAAAAGGAACAACAAAUGAGAAACACAGUAAGGCAAGCAUGCUUCAACUAGCCACUAAAGAAAGAAAGUGAUCUUUUCAAGAAAGAAAAAAGUAUAUACAAAACAAAUGAUAUAUUAUCAUUUUCUGUUUGGCCUCUUCAUGAGUUCUUUGGGUUAGCUCUUUGCUCAAAAGACUGAAGAGACUGAAGAGUACUCAAACUGUUCUCUCUCUCUCCCUCUCUCUCUCGCUUGUGAGAGCAAAAGUCUAAGCCAUUAAUGCUUCACUGGCUUCAAAAAAAGCACCAUGUGGGAGCACUAAAUGCAAUACUACAUUAAAUCCAGGUACCCCACUUCUCAUCUCCAACUACUAAGCAAAACCUUUGGAAUUUACAUUCUUCCUUGUGGGUUUUGCCUAUGUUACUUGAAUCAAAUGUAACAUGUGCUUUUUAAGUUCUGUGAAGAGUUAAAAAGUCUCUUCCUUUAUUCUGAGUCAUUUUUCAUAAGUUGUGUAUUUUGCUUGAAAGUUUAAUGUUGGCAAGCUUGGUUUUUGAGCUUUGAUGGGUGAAGCUGGUUGUUCAUACUCUACUGCGUUUUCCUUAAAACGCAAAAGAUCCACUCAUUGAACCUGAACUUGCCACCUAUUUUGAAGAGUUUCUCACUGUUCCACUGAUAUUAUAUUGGUGUCGGUUGCGUUUCUAUUAAAUGACAGGUCUUUAUUGAAUUCUUGGGUCAUAUGGUUUUUGGACUCUUCAUAACAAGAAAAAGAGAGAUCUUUUAAUGGAGUGUUGUAAUAUGCUCUUGUUUUUCUUAUUUACCUGGAGUUUUUCUUUUCUGGGUACUUAUCAACUUCAGUCCUCUCAAACCCAAGUUCUUCUACAACUAAGAAAGCAUUUGGAGUACCCCACAGAGUUGGAAAUUUGGAAAGAUCAUGGCAGGGAUUAUUGCUUCAUUUCUUCAGGUACACAAGUCAACCUCACAUGCCAGGACAAUGUUGUCUCUGAGCUCAGAAUUAUGGGAGAUAAGUCAAUUAAGGUUAGUGGUUUUAAUGGGUUUGCUAUUCCAAAUCAAACUUUGUCAGAGAGAUUUUCAAUUGAUUCUUUUUUUACCACCCUGUCAAGGCUUAAUAGUCUGAGAGUUCUUUGCCUUGUGUCUUUGGGCAUCUGGGGUCCAAUUCCAGACAAAAUUCAUAGACUGUAUUCCCUUGAAUAUCUAGACUUGAGUUCAAAUUUUUUCUUUGGUUCUGUUCCACCUAAAAUCUCAGAAAUGGUGAAGCUUCAAACUCUUAUAUUGGAUGACAAUUUCUUGAAUGGAACCGUUCCAAGUUGGUUUGAUUCAUUAGUUGAUCUGAGUGUUUUAAGUUUGAGCAACAACCAAUUGAUAGGUACGCUUCCAUCUUCACUUCAAAGAAUAACCACUCUCACCAAUCUUACUAUAGCUAACAAUGAUAUAUCAGGGAAGUUACCAGAUCUUGUUCCCUUAAGAAGCUUAUAUGUGCUAGAUUUGAGUGGGAACAAACUUACCUCUACACUACCUACAAUGCCAAAGGGGCUGGUCAUGCUGUUUCUUUUCAACAACUCAUUUUCAGGUGGGAUUCCACAGCAAUAUGGCCAAUUACAAGGGCUUCAAAACCUUGACUUAUCAUCCAAUUUUCUAACAGGCAUGCCUCCAGUUAAACUUUUCUCUUUGCCUAAUAUCAGUUACUUGAAUUUGGCAUCAAAUAUGCUAAGAGGUUCACUUUCGAACCAUCUAAGUUGUGGGAGUAAACUCGAGUUCAUAGAUAUAUCCAAUAACAAGUUCACAGGUGGAUUGCCUUCUUGCUUAAGCAAUAAAUCAGAUAAGAGACUUGUUGAGUUUGAUGGGAAUUGCUUAUCAAUAGAUAUGCAGAAUCAACAUGAACAAUCGCAUUGCGAAAAAGUGAAAAGUGUGAAGAGUAAACAAUCUCGAGGCAAUACAGCUAUUCUAAUUGGUGUUAUUAUAGGAAUAGUUGUGCUUUCUCUGCUUUUGAUUCUAGGUUUGCUUCUUUUAUUAAAAAAUUUCUGUCCUCGAGGGAUGUCUGAACAACACUUACUGCACAAAGCUGUACAAGAUAGCUCGGUUGCAGGAUACUCCUUUGAGCUUUCAACAAAUGCAAGUUUUAUUUCUCAAGCUGCAAAUUUAGCCAGACAAGGUCACCAAGUAUGCCAGUCCUUUUCCUUAGAAGAGUUAAUAGAAGCUACUAACAACUUUGACAACUCUGCCUUUUUGGGAGAAGGGUCUUAUGGGCAGCUAUACAAAGGAAGGCUAAUGAAUGGGACAGAAGUUGCUAUAAGGUGCCUGCAAUUAUCAAAGAAGUUUUCAAUUCGAAAUGUAAGACUCAGGUUGGAUCUGCUUUAUAAGCUCCAACACCCACAUUUGGUAUGCCAUUUAGGCCACUGUCUGGACAGUGGUGGGCAAGGAGAUUACAAUCUGAACAAGGUCUACCUUGUAUCUGAAUUUGUACCAAAUGGAACUUUUCGCGAUCAUCUUUCUGAGAACAGUCUGGGAGAAGUCCUUAAUUGGCCACAAAGAUUGACAAUACUAAUUGGUGUUGCCAAAGCCGUACACUUCCUUCAUACUGGAAUCAUACCUGGUUUCUUCAACAAUAGACUGAAGUCAAAUAACAUCUUGCUCAACCAGCAUCAAAUGGCAAAAUUGAGUGACUAUGGAAUGUCAAUAAUCUCAGAAGGAACUGAAAAUUUUGUGGCAAAAGGAGACAGCUAUAAAUCAUGGCAAAUGACAAGUUUAGAAGAUGAUGCAUACAGCUUUGGCUUUAUAAUACUGGAAGCAGUAGUUGGGCCUUCCCAAUCUGCUAGCAGAGAGGCAUUUCUGCUCAAAGAAAUGACAACUCUGCAGAGCCUCGAUGGGCGGAAGCGAAUAGUUGAACCAGCUGUUCUAUCCACAAGCUCACAAGAAUCACUGUCAAUUGUAAUCUCCAUAAUGCAGAAAUGCAUCUCUCCAGAUGCAAGCCGUCCAUCAUUUGAGGACAUACUUUGGAAUUUGCAGUAUGCAGCUCAAGUACAGGCAACAGCAGAUGGUGAACAAAGAUCAGAUAAAUGAGUCAUCUCCAUGCAGAGGGAGAGGUACAGCAUGAAUGGUCUUCACCACAAGAUUUGAUAUGCUUAAAAUAAAAGGGCAUGUAAAAUAAGGGAAGUGGGGUUCAAUCUAGUCAGUUUUUCUCAUGUAAAACUUUUUUUACAAAAAAUAAAAAUAAAUAAUAUAGUUUA